CAAUGUCGCUAACAGUAUACCCGCACCGUCGACAAUGUCAUCAGCAGAGUACACCAUCACAAUGGCCCCAACCUGCAGCCAAAUCUCCGCCAUGCCUUUCGAGAAGGGAGAAGGACGUCGCGUUCGCCAGCCCCGAUGAAGGCUCGCUUCGUGAUCUCAUAGUGAAAAACCCUAGGCUUCGUCUCUUUGUCAAACCCAAAUGCUGGACUCACUUCCACCUCGACUAUCUUGGUGUAAGAUUCAAUGACCUUACUCCAUGCGACAAUCCGGCCCCCCCUACAUCAUCACAAGACACGUCUUCCAGUUACCACAGGGUACCAACCAAAUCGGCGCUAGAUCUGAGCAACGCUCUCACCAACAUGCUGGGGGGGGAAACAGAAGAACAACGCACAAAAUGGAUUCGGACCGCCAUGUCCCAACUCUACCGUGGUCAGCUUUCCUGCUCCAAGAAUACUGGCCUCCAUCACUACUUUGGCCAUCGUGCCUAUCUCAAUUCCUGUCAGGCGCAGGUGAUUUGGGAGGCAACACCAUCGCGCAGCCAUUGCAUCACCUCGCGCGAAUCGACACCAGCAAGGACCGUGGGGACUUUCGGUGUUCUUACAGGUCCCAAAGCUGACAGAGUCAUUACAAGCAGCCGGCCAAUCCUCGCCUAUGUCGACACAAGAACAGUUGACGCAGCACGGCGCAACACGUCCAGGGUCGAGAGACACUACACGUCAGUCCAGGAACUGAACGAGCGAUGCUGCAAGACUUACGCCCCUCUCAACGCACUCCAAGGCCCGUUUCUGGCUGGCGUCAUUCUCGCUCUAGCGCAGAGGCCCUUUUAUGACGAGCCCAUGCCGCCCGCUACCAAGUCACCUAACUCGAUAACCGUGUCCUCUUUAGUUAAGGCCGCAUUUCACGACGUAGCGGUGCAUGUUCUGACUGUCGACGACGAAAGCCUUUGCUCACCGUGUUUCAUUGUCUUUAGAGGCGUGGUAACGGAGGCGCUGCUGCGCAAGUUUUACCACCCGACCGAGAACCCCCAGCCGACGGGAGAGGCUGACGGAAUGCGUAUUGAGUACACAAGAGUGCCUAUCUGGCCGAUUUUGGGACUCGAAGAGCGCUUGGGCAAAGCUCUCGGCAGGGACAUCACAGGGAAUUUUAGCAAAGACAACAUGAAGACGUGGUUUGUGGAUGUUGAAUCAAACAACGGCCGGAACAAGCGACCAAACGAUGGCGACGUGCAAAACUGGAGAGAUGACGGAAGCCACCGCCGCAAGAAGCAGGCGAAAAGUACCAAAGCCCUGUUUGCUAACGAACGUCCUGUUAUUUGAGGUUAACAGCGUAGUAACCAUUU